AUGGAUCGAGGAGCCUCGGAUCUUUGCUUUGGAAAUGCAGCUAAUACCAAGUGCAGCUGAAAUGACAUGUGGCAAAAAGAUGCGAAUUGUCGAAGAAUUUUCGUGAUAAAAGAGCGAGGUGUCUCAGAUUCGCAAAACCGAACGCAGUAACCGUGGUAACGUGCGACAACGCUAGUUUACGUGUUAUGUCAAAUGGUAAUACAGGACCCAAUCUAAGGAUGCUAAUCUCUUUCACGUGUUUACUGGUACGGUUUUACCGUAACGCAAGAGGCAUCAAAUGACUUUCGUGAGUGCCUUCUCAUUGCACGUGGUAUUCUAUGACUUUUCGACAAACGAUGCUACUCCCUUUCGUUUUCGUAUCGAUAUUGUCGCCGGAAAGUCUUUUUCUAUGUGAAUAAUUUCGACUCCCAUAGCCAACGAAUAAUCUAUUUAUAAUGUCUGUUGCUGAAUUUCUAAAGGGCCUCCCAUCGCAUGAUGAAAACAAUUUUGCAAAUUUUCAUACUGAUAAUGGAAAUCGAACAUGUGUCAAGAGACCAUCGGUAUAUCUUCCUACUAAAGACUAUCCUUCCGAACAAAUUAUAGUUACUGAAAAGACUACUAUUUUAUUGAGGUAUCUUCAUCAACAAUGGGAUAAGAAGAACGCCGAUAGAAAAAGAGAGUUCUUAUCUACCAAUGGUGACUCCCAGGAUGAUGCAUCUACAGUGCGCAGUAAAAGGCCACGUCUUGAUCUGAAUAACAGCCUUUAAAAUAUGUUACACUUUUCAUAUGAAUAUUCGUAUAUUCUUGAAUAAUUGAUAAUUGUAUAUUAUAUAAAUCAGUUAUUCACAAAUGGACAUAUUCAUGGUACAAUGCCAUGUUAUUGCUUAAAUAUACGGGGAAAUAGAAACUGCAGUCCAUUUGGUACCAAGCUUUGAAUAGUUUGAAUCCAUCAAGACAAAGCCUGAAUCAAUCAAGACAAAGAAUUUUACGUUCUAAAGUAUUUUAAAUGUCAAAUGGACUGCAGUCAAGAUAUAUGCCAUUUUAAUAAUGUCUUUUAGUAAAUUUAUUCUUUUCUUGGUUUUGAUUCAAUUAAUUAAUGUAAAUAUUGAAAUAUGAUAUGUGAAAUGAGAUAUUAUGGUGAUAUAUUUUAAAUGUCCAUUCGUCAUCAAUUGUUAUGGAUAUGUUAAAUUUUUCACUUAAUAUAUCAAUUGUAAAUGAAAAA